UUCCUUUUUUGCUAAAAUGUCUUCAUUUUUAUAUUUUCUGGUAAUAAAAUGAAUGAUUAGUGGAAAACAUAUGAAAGAUUGAAUGAGUGGGGAGAAUAUAUCUUUAAUUUAUAUUUAUUAAUAUCCUCCUGGGACCUAGCGUCCAUUUAAAUGGACAUGCCAGUUUUAUGUUUCCAGUUUCGUUAAUUUAUUAUUUAAGCAGCUUAGACCUCGCGUCCACUACGUUGGACACUUCGGUGCUGCCGCCCAGUUCGAUUCGGUCGACUUUAAUUGUGCACAUAUGCUGGGAAUCAGUUGUUUGUUUUCUAUUGUGAUGGCGGCUGCACGUGGUUCUCGUUAUAAUGGAAUAUUUAGCAAUCAAAGAGUCCUUCGGCCAGGGGAAGAUGACGAAAAAUUGGAGCAAAUACUAAAAAUCAUUGAAAAUGACGACACUGACAUUAAAAUUUCUGAUGAUGAAGAAGAAAUUCAAACUAUGGAUAAUUUAAUGGGGAGAGAAGAAGAAAUAAUUAAUGAAGAACUAGUAAGCAGCAGUGAGGAGGAAGAAGAAGAAGAUAGAAUUCCUCUUAGUGUCCUGAGAGAAAACUUAAAAAUGGCCAAGCAAUCUGUGGAUCCUUUAAAGCGAAAGUCUUGGAGAAGGGAUGAUACUUUUGCACCUCCAAAUUUUGAAGGCCCCUCUAGUGAAUGCAGCGCAGAGCUCCGGUAUGAUUGGACUGCAAAAUCGUAUUUAGCCAUGUACUUUGAAGAUGAGUUAUUCCAAAAAGUGUGUGAUUGCACAAAUGCAAGGUACGUUGAACUUAAAGGAGUAUCUCUUAAUGAGAUUAAAAUUUUUUUUGGAAUAGUUUGUUUGAUGUCCUGUCUAAAAUAUCCCAAAAUCAGAAUGUACUGGGCAGAAACCACUAAAGUUUCAGCUAUUGCAGAUACAAUGACUCGAGAUAGAUUUUUUGCUAUAAGAAGUAACCUUAAAAUCGUCAUUGAUGGCAGCAUCGCUGAAGACACGCAGGUCUGACAAAUUUUGGAAAGUACGUCCUAUUAUAAAAGCAGUAUGGCAGGAGUGUUUGCAGCUACCUAGAGAGAAAGUGGUUGCUGUAGAUGAACAGAUGAUCCCAUUUACAGGGACUUGUAAAAUGAAGCAGUUCGUUAGAGGAAAGCCAAAUCCAGAGGGCUUGAAAAAUUUUGUUGUUGCUGCCCCUGAUGGUCUUGUCGUAGACUCUGAAUUAUAUCAAGGAAAAGAUACUUUUCCAGAUGAUUCUGUAAAACGACUUGGUGUUGGACCUUCUGCUGUUGUUCGCCUUGGAAGGAUAUUAUUUCCUGGAAGUCAUGUGUACUGCGAUAGAUAUUUCACGACAAUACCACUUCUCGAAUAUCUUCGUCAGCAAGAGAAAUAUUGUACUGGAACCUUUAUGAAAUCUCGUGUACCAGCGGCAGCAAAUUUAACUUCGGAAAAAAUUAUGGCCAAGAUAGGUAGAGGCAGCUCGGAACAAAUUGUAAGACAAGAUGGCGAAAUAGUAGUUGUACAAUGGUAUGAUCUGAAAUCUGUACUUUUGGCAUCCACUGCUCUAGGAAUUCAACCUAGCGAUGAGUGUAAAAGGUGGUCUAAGAAAGACUCUAAAUACAUUCAGGUUAAAAGACCUUACGUUGUUGCUAAAUACAACGAUUGUAUGAGAGGAAUAGACUUGAUAGACCGAAUAAAGCUAUUACAGAAUUCGAGCCAGAUCAAAAAAAUGGACUGUAAGGGUCAUUUUCCAUUUCUUUGAUCUAGCAAUGGCUAACUCAUGGAUUUUUUAUCGAAGAGAUAAAAAAAUAUUUAAAAUCCCUCCACGCAAAAUACAACAAUAUUUAGAUUUUAAAAUCGAAAUUGCCACUGAACUUUUGACAAAUACACCCAACCCACAAAGUGAAUCCCAAGAAAACAUCCGAGGUGUAGGUACUAGAAGAAAUCCUGAGGAAAAUAUCUUUGUCGAUUCACCGUCAUCGUCAUUAGGCACCGAAAGAAAACGGAAACAACACUUUCCAGAAAUUGCCACAGACUUAAAAAAUUCGGUUAGAUGUAAAAAUGACUCUUGUGCCAAAAAAACCGUUUUUCUGUAAUACAUGCAACACAUUUUUGUGCAUUACUGGCAACAGAAACUGUUUCAUGGAGUUCCAUAGCAAAUAAAUUUAAGUUUACAUUUAUUUUCUGCGUUUUCAUAGGUUUAGACUGAAAUGUUAUUAAAAAAAAAUAUAUAUAUUGGGAAUUUUUGUUUAAUGAGGUUCAAUGUAUCUGUCAAAGUAAGAAAAAAAAAUAAAAAAAGUUAUUAGUAAACAAUGUUUAUUUAUGUAUUUUUUAUUAUAUUUAAAAGCCUCACAACCCUAACUUAACAAAAACAUGUCCGGGUCCCAGGAGGAUAUACUAUUU